AUGUCAGGAGGACACCUGGAGUCAGAUCGCCAUGGUGACGGCAUGGCUCCGCCUCUGAACCCGUUCACCUCGCCCUCGCUGGAGACGAGUUCGGGGGACGAUGGUCGGAGUCCAGACUCAGACGUGAAGAGCUGUGGACGGCUGGAGAGGAGGUGGAUCCUCUGGCACGAGUUCAUGAAGGAACACGCCCACCUGGAAGCUUGGCUGCGAUUGGCUGAGCAGGCCGUCAGUUCCCCAAACUCCGCCCCCGUCACCUACUCUGCCGCCAAAAAGGAUCUGAGGACGUUUGAGCGUCUGAGGAGCGAAGCCGGAGCUCAGCUGGUCCGGCUGGACGCUCUGACCCUCAGGAACCGAACGCUGACUCAGUUGUUCACGGGCGCCAUGCGGGCUCGGCUGCUGGCGGCGGCGAGGGAGUGCGGGCCGCGGUGGGACGAGGUCAACGCCAAACUGGAGACGGUCACCACACGGCUGAAGCUCUUCAUCUCAGAGUGGGAGGAGUUUGAGACGGAGAGGGAGGAGCUUGCUCUGUGGUUGGUGAACCUAGACGUCCGUCUGACUGCGGUCGAUCACCUGAAAGGAAACACCUGUGAGAAGCUGAGACGCCUGCAGUCCUUCAAGCAGUGUGUGUGUUUGAACUCGGGCCGUGUGAACGCCCUCCUGCAUCGCGGCGAGCAGCUGAUCCAACGCAGUGAGACGAGCGACGCUCAGCGGAUAGAGAGACGCCUGGUGGAGCUGCUGCGCCACUGCAGCCUCGUGUACAGCAACAUCGCACGGACACACACACGCCUGCUGAGCAUGAGACUGGUCUUUGAGGAGGACUGGAUCCUGGCCACAGACUCAGGUUGUCCCUCAGAGUCUCUGCUGGAGGAGGAGGAGCUUGAUGACUCUCACCUGGACGUCCCUGCAGGUUUUUACCGUCCUCGAGAUUUCGGCCAAUCAGCUCGUCCCGCCCCUCCCCUCCCCUCGGACCUGCCCUCCCCCCUCCACCACCCGCCCCCUCCUCCUCCCUCUCCUACCCAUGAGCACCUGGGGCUGGAGUGGGACCCGUCAGUGGACAUCGGACGCUCGGUGUCCUGUGACGACGCAGACUCCUCCUACUUCAGUGUCGGGACAGGAGACGUCCGAAAGAGGUGGAGCUUCUUUAGCUCUCGCAGCUGUCCGUCUGACAUCAGCAAUGACAUCACAAACCAGGAAGAAGACUUGCGUCCGGCGUGGCAGGACCACACCCCCCCCACUGUCGUCUCGCCAGCAGCGACCCAGGAGGAGGAGCCACGGCCGAGCGACCGCCAGUGGGCGACCUCGGCGCCGGAUGGGCGGGAGAGCGAUCCACUCGGCUUCGAUGGCGGCCGAGUGAGGGCGUGGCUGGGAGUUCAGAGCCCCGCCCCUCCAGAGAGGAGGACUUCCUGUUCCAGAGCUGUGCAGACGGACGAGCUCAUCCUCAUCCUCCUCCUCCUCCUUCUCCUCCUCCUCCUCCUCCUCCUCCUCCUCCACAGAGACUCUCCGUGCCACCGGAGCGCCCGGACGCCGCAGAGCUUCCACCUGGCGCUGAGAUACGUCAACGGGCCCCCCCCCACCUGA